AUGUUUAUAAUAAUUUAUUUUGUAAAUAAAAACAUUAUGUUCUACCCUUUUAUGUCAAACAAAGAUGAAAGAUAUUUUAUAGAAAUAACAAAAAAGCUUGAAUCAUUUAAAAACGCACAAGAGUGGCCAGAUUUUAUAGCUUUACUUACUUCACUUGAUAGUACUAUUCAGACCUAUUCACUACCUUUUAUACCAAAAGUUGAAUUUUUAUGCAAAAGAUUAAAUCAAUGUUUAAAUCCUUUACUUCCUGCGGGAGUGCAUAAAAAAGUGCUUGAAACUUAUUCAAUUAUUUUUGAUACAAUAUCUGAAGAUGAACUAUUAGAAAAUUUUGGUAUUUAUACCUUAGGAUUAUUAAAGUUUGGCUGUCAUUCUAGAAUACUUGUAAUAAGUACAUAUCUAGAUUUAUUAGAAAAGUAUAUUAUUGUAUUAGGAGAAAAAAUAGAUUGUUUUACUAUAAACGUGUUAUAUGGAAUAUUACCGGCUAUAGAAUCAGAAGCAAGUGAAUGUUAUGACAAAGGUAUUGAACUUAUAAAAAAGUUUAGAGUAGAAAUUGAUGAAAAAAAGUUUUAUAAUUCUUUAUGGAUGAUUUUCUUACAAAAUAAAGAUCUAAGACAAUCUAUAAUAUUAUUUUUAAUGAAUGAAAAAAUAAACUAUGAUACAAUGAUUUCUGAUAAACUACUGGUCAUUAAAGCACUAAAAGAAGGGCUUAAAAGUGAUGAUCUUCUAAUACUUAGAGGAACCUUAAAUUUAAUUUUACACAUGUUUCCUUUAAAAGAAAAAAUAUUUUCUGAAAGCAUGAAUAGUGAUUUGUUAGAAGGAAUGUUUCUUAUCUUUGGGAAAAGGGAACAAAGUCUAAAUAAAAAAGUAUUUUCUUGGAUAAAUAUUGCAGAAGAUGAUGAAUUUACAGAUAUAAAAAUUGUUACAAAGACAUUAUUAAGGAUUUUAAAGACAAGACGUUUAACUUCACAAUUUUUUAAAAUUUUUACUACUUUGUCAGAUAAAGUAAAAUUAACAGAAAAAAUUUUAGAAGAUUUACUCUUUGAAGUUUUAGUUUAUUCUAAAAAUUAUAUUGAUGAUAAUAUUGAGGAAUAUACUAUUUUAGAAAGAGAUAAACCUUUAAAUCAGCAAAAUUUAAUUGAUAUAAGUAAAAUAUUUGUAACAACUGAUUUAGACAAAUUAUGGAAGGUAUUUUAUUUGGAACUUAAAAACUCAAUAACAAGUAUAAAGCAAGUUAAGCUAUCUAAAAAAGAUUAUUUGCCUAAUAUUUGUUUAAGAAAUAAAACAGAAGAAAAUGAAUCUAUAAGUAAAAUUAUAUUUCCUGAGAGUCAAAAUACAGUUUAUACAAGUCAAUCUAGAGGAUUUAAUGAAGAAAAGCAAAAUGAAAUCGAGAAAUAUAAAGAUGAGAAAAAAUUAGAAGCUGAUUCUUAUGAUAGUCAUAAAGACCUUUCUUUUAAGAUUUUAAAAAGUGUUGAUUCUCCUGAUGCUUCUGGUGAAAUGUAUGGUAAAGAGAGAUUGCCAUCUGAUGAUCUAGAAAUAACAAAAAGUUUACAAGGGAAUUUUAAUGAUUUACAAAAGUUAGAAGGGAAUUUUAAUGAUUUACAAAAGUUAGAAGGGAACUUUAAUGAUUUACAAAAAUUAGAAGGGAAUUUUAAUGAUUUAGAAGAAAAUUUUAGUGAUCUUAAUCUUGCAAAUAAUCUAACAUCAGAUAAUAUUUCAGAAACAUCAAAAAAUGAUAUAAGUUUCGAUUUAAAAUUUCCUCUUGAAGAAAACAAAAGUUCGAUCAACUUAAAUGAUUCAAGCUUGGUUUUAGAAGAUCAUUUAAAUGAUUCUAAUUAUGGAAUUAACGAAAACAUUUCGAAGAAAAAUAAUAAACGUAAAGAUAAGAAAAAAAUUAAGGAAAUAAAAGACAUCAAAUCACCAACAGAUGUUUUAUCGGUUGUUAAUUUUUGCAUAAAAAAUUAUUUAGUGUUUGAUAAUGCUGUUUUAUCCACACAUCUUCCACUUUUACUAAUAUUUGUUCUAGAAAACUACAUGUAUUUUGAUGAAGAAGUUAGAUACGAAUUUUUAAGUAAAAAUAUUACUAAAAUUAUCUUUACAGAACAAUCGAGCAAGACGUGUAAUAAUUUUUUUGAAUUGGUUGAUGAAUUUUACGUACAGGAAAAUGCAAGUGUUCUAAAAGAUAUUGAAUCUUGUUAUAUGUCAUUAAUAUCCAAGUAUUUAUUAAGGUAUUUAAAUGAUGCAAAUUAUUGUCUUAUAUUAGAUUUUUACACUAAUUUUAAAGAAAAUAAUAUUCUUCAAGACUUUGUUCAACCUUAUUUUAAUUGGAUGAUCAAACAAUCUUUAGAUGUUAUGCAAAAAUCAAUAUGUUUUUAUGAGGAUGUGAACACAGUAAACGGAGAUAUCCUUUUUAAAGAACUUUGGACACGAUUUAUUAAUGAAGAACAAGAUAAUGAAAAAUCUUAUGGAGAUGUAUGGAAUGUUUACAAUGAAAAUUAUAAUUCAUUAUUUAAUUUAUCUCAAACUACUAUUUCGUGCAGAUCAGAAUCCUUAGAAUCAGAUAUUCUUAUUUUAAAUAAUUGUGACAUGUCACAGGAUAAUAAAAAACAGAUAGUUAUAUUGAUCUAUGAAUAUAAUAGAAUUUUUAAACAAAGAUACGAGCGUAUACUUAUAAAAAAAGUUAAUGAUCUGAACAAACAGCAUAUUUGUUUAUUUUUAUAUUUCGUAAUGGAGCUACAGGCUGAUAAUUCACUUUAUUUCUAUAAUAUUUUCUAUUUGAUUAAUAAUAAGAUAUCUAAUCGUGAUCCAAUAUUGAUUUCAUUACUUAAAUCAAUUUAUAUAUUUAAAGGAAUAUUUUCAUUUAUCAUUGAUAGAUUUAUAAAUUCUAAUGUAAGAACAUUGAAUUACAUUUUUAUUGACAGACCAAAUAUUUCACAAAUCAAAGGGAUUUUAAAAUUAAUUGAAAAUUGCUUGUUCAAUUCUCAGAAAUUUAGACUAGAAUUGGUCAGUGAAUACUAUUGCGUAAAUGUACAAGAACUAACAGAAGUUAUAGGAUCUUUUAUGCCUGCAUACAAAAAUGUUCUUUUUGACAUUUUAAUUUAUAUUUUCUUAUGUGACAUUUCUUACAUAAAAGAUUCUAAAUAUUAUGAUUUACAUGAAAGUAUAAGAAAUAUUAAAAUUCAGUGUAUUAAAAUGAUACAAUUUAUGAUACAAUCAGAAAUUAUUAUAAAAAAUGAUAUUCUUACAGUUGAUUACAAUAAAAUAUUAACUAUUUGUGAAAAAUAUAAGAAUGAUCCAGCUAUAAUUAUAUCUAUAGGAGAAUUAUUAAAAUUAAGAGAUGAUACAAAUAUAAUAAUGCAAUAUAUUGCAUUUAUAAAUAGUAAAUGCUUUUACUAUUUCGAUUUUCUAACAAUUAUAUUUUCUCUGGAUAUUAAACAGUUAAUAAUUAUUCUACCUCAUAUUUUAGACAAUUUAACAGAAGAAGGUUAUUCAUUUUUAAUAGCCAAUGAAAUUAUUAAUAAGAUGUUAGAUUGUAAUUCGAUAAAUUUUAAUUGGGCUUUUAUUGCAAAGAUGAUGAUACAAAAAUUUAUUAAUUUUUACAAUGUAACAUAUGUCAAGCCUAAUAAGGAAGAUAAUAAAGGAAUUGCAAGAUUUGAUUUUCACUUUCAAAAUCAAAAAGUAAAAGCAAUAUCUAAAAUAUCUGAACUAUUUUUUAAUACAUUCUCUGGAUACUUUAUUGAAUAUUUAAUUAGUUCAACAUUCUCACCACAAUAUAUUAUUAAUUUAUCUUUUAAAGAUAGACUGUAUGGUGAAAUUUUAUCAUCUUAUUCGAUAAAUCAAAGUAAAGCUUUUAAAUUUUUACUUAAAUUUGAUUCAAUUUGCUUAAACGUAGGAUUACUAGAGUUUUUUAAAAAGUAUAAACUAACACUCUAUCAAAUAGUCAAUUAUAGAACUUUUACUGAUGUAAAUACGCUUCUUUACUUGUUAAAAUUAUUUUCAAUAUUGCCUGAUGAACAUAAUCAAUUCUUAACAAUAAUUUAUCAAACAAUAAUGCACAUGCAAAGGGGAAAUUUAUCUAAAUCUGAUAAAAUUAUUUUAAUAGAAUUUCUGAGUCAUUUGGAAUACAAUGUAAAGAUUAAAAGUGCACUUCAGACUUUUUUAGGAUUUUUAUUUGAUCUUUUAAAAACAUCUGAUAAAAGCAUGAAGGUGUUUAUAAUUGACAUUUUAAUUAUUUUAUCUGAAAAUCCUACGAUUACUAUUCAAAGCAUGAAGCUUCAAUUAUUAGAAUAUUUAGGUAGUAAUGAAUUUUUUACAUUUAAAUUGAAAGAAAAGGGUUUUUUAUAUAAAAAAUUGUUAAAUUCAGAUUUAAAUAUUAUGGAUGAAUUAGUUUACAAAUUAGAAAGUAGCUUUUUUGUGUCACAGGUUUCGGAUAUCAAUAAUAAGUGUAAUGUGCUAAAAAGAAUAGCUUUUUUAAUAUUUUCAAAUAACUUUAAUCAAUUCGCAGGAUUUAAUUCAAAGUUUAUUGAAAUGUGUGUAGGUCUUUUACAACACAUUUCAAUUAAAGUUAGAAAACAAGCUUGGUUUCUUGUAAAAAUUUUAUGUGUGAAAAUUGACCACGGAAAAUUACUACCGUUAUUUCCUGUUAUUUUUACAGAAAUAUUGACAUUUAUAAAAACUAAUUCGUUAGAUAAUCCUGAAUAUUUGUUCAUUGUGAAAUUAUUAGAUGUAUUGUUUUUUUUAGAUAGCAAUGAAACCUUUGAAUUUAAAAAUAUUUGUCUUGGUACAGAAAUUAGUCAACGUUCUUAUGAUUCCACAGAUAAUUUUAAUGGAACAAAAAGUAAGUCUUUACCACUCUUUUAUAAAUUGUAUAAAAAGUUAGUAAAAAAUAAUGCUGAACCUACUUUUAACAGAAGACAGAUUUUAACAAAAAGAACACUAUUCUUUUCCUAUAAGACUGUAAAAUCCGAGGAUAUGCUUAAAUUUGUAAAAUAUUGUCCGUACUUUUACAAGAUGCAAGAUAUUAAAUCUUCAGUUAAUGAUAUUGACGUGUUAGAGAAAUUAAUAGUUAGUGAAUUUCAUGAUUAA